AUGUCUCAAGCAAAUUCCAAAAAAGUCAUCAUCAUCGGCUGUGGUAUUGCAGGUCCGGUGAUCGCAAUUCUACUCCAGAAAAAAGGAUACACUCCCAUUAUCGUAGAAAAAGUCAGAGUACUGGGUGAUGCAGGUGGAUCGCUGUUUCUACAACCAAAUGGUUUGAAAGUGCUUAAUUUGGUUGGUCUUGCUACGGCAGUGACGGAUCAUGCGCCAUGGGGAGAACAGUUCUGGGAUAAGACGCAUACUGGGGAAGUUCUUGGAGGUGGAGAUUCGCUAGGGUUACUGAAGGAAACUUAUGGUCAGCCUGCUUGUGGAACUAAGAGAACUGCGUUUAAUUUGGCUCUUGAGAAGGCUGUCUUGGAUGCAGGAAUUGAGUUUCAUUCUGGUUGGAAAUUGGCUAGUAUUGAAGAAAGUGAGAAUGCGGUGGUGGCAAUAUCAGAUGCUGGUCAGAGAAUCGAAGCUUCGUUUCUUAUUGGUUGUGAUGGUAUUAAAGCUGCCUCGAGAGAUAUCUUGCUUAGACGUAAGGGGUACAAUGAACCUGAAGCUACGUAUACGGGAUUAAUACAGACAGUAGGAUUUUCACCCACACCGAAAUCUCUUCAGAAUACACUGUUGAAUGUUUUCGGGCCCGCUGCUCAUUUCAUUCACUAUCCAGUCUCUCCCAGCCAUUCAUCAUGGGCAAUCACGCAGCGACAAAGCGAAGAAGAAAAGGAAACAUGGCGUCUAGCAACACCCGAAGAACUUGCAACUGAAAAAGCAAAUCUCCAAGAACAAUUCAAAGAUUGGGCAUCGCCAAUACCAGAAAUUAUUAGUGGUGCCGGAAGAUUGCUCAAGUAUGGAAUCUUCGAUCGACCGGGCUUGAAUGCCGAACAGUGGUAUGACGGGAGAUGUAUUCUUAUUGGUGAUGCUGCACAUCCUACUAGUCCACAUUUGGGUCAAGGUGCUAAUCAAGCUAUGGAAGAUUGCUAUCACCUCCAACGACUUCUUCCGGAUGCCGGCGCCAACCUCUCAACAGAAGACCUGACUAAAAUUUUUGCCGAAUUCGCAGGUUUAAGACAACCUAAGACGGCAAUGCUAGUAGCAGCUGCUCGGGCACAAGGAGAACGGAGGGUUGUGGAGCCGGAAAAAAUGGAGGAGAGAAAUGAGUAUUUGAGAGAGGUUUGGAAGAAUGUAGAUGUUUCUCAUAAGGCUUAUGAUGAGAUGAUGAGAGGACCGUUUGAUGCAAUGGCUUGA